AUGAAAUUUUUUGUUACAGGUGCUACAGGCUUCAUAGGUUCAGCUUUAGUCGAAGAACUGAUCAAUCAUGGCCAUCGAGUUGUCGGUUUAGCAAGAUCAGAAAGUGCUGUUGAAAAAAUCUUAAAAACAGGUUCUCAAGUUAUUAAAGGAGAUCUACAAGAUCUAGAAGCUUUGAAAAAAGGUGUUAGAGAAUCAGACGGUGUUAUUCAUUUGGGUUUCAUCCAUGAUUUUGAUAAUUUUGAUCGUAGUUGUGAGAUUGAUUUUGAAGCUACAAAGGCAAUGAUUUCUGAAUUGAAAGGUACUCAAAAACCUUUUGUUUGGCCAAAUGGGUUAUUAGGAUUCAGAACACCAAUUGGAACAAAGACAUAUGAUGAUCGUCCUAGUUUGGAACCAAGUGGAUUUGUUCAAAGAGCUAUCAAUGAAGUUUACGUUUUAGAUGCUGCUAGUCAAGGUGUUAGAUCAUCUGUUGUUAGAUUGGCCCCAACUGUUCACGGUGCUGGUGACCAUGCAUUCAUUCCAGCUUUGAUAGGCAUCGCAAAAGGAAAAGGUGUAUCUUAUUACAUUGAGGAAGGUAAAAACACAUGGCCUGCGGUUCACAGAGAUGAUGCUGCCACCUUGAUCAGAUUGGUAGUUGAGAAGGCUCCAGCUGGUACAGCUUAUCAUGCUUCCCAAGAAGAAGUUCCAAGCAAGGAUAUUGCUGAAACAAUUGGAAAAACAUUUAGUCUCCCAGUCAAGUCAAUUUCGUCUCAAGACGCUCUUAAGGAGAUGGGAUUCUUUGGCUUCGCAUUUGGUGUUAAUAGUAAUCCAUCAACUGAGAAAGCUAGAGCUUUAGGAUGGGUUCCAAAAGAAAUUGGUCUUUUAGAAGAUAUUGAGAAAAAUUAUACUAGUUAAUAAUUGAAUGAGUUGGUAACGCUGCAGU